GUUGCAAUUUAUUGACGUGGGUCCAGCGGUGUCGGUCCUGAAAGCCGACUGCUGAAAUUGUUGAAAUUAUCAGAAAAAGAUAACUGCAACGUGUCAAUUAAACAUUUAUAUAAAUUCUUCGACGGUGUAGGCCGUCGUUGAUCAUGGUUCGGAACAGAAAAUCUGGGAAUGCCCAGCCGAAACCUGCUAACAAUAACGAGAGUAGAGAUAGCAGUUCUGGCAGGUCCGUUAGUACUCAGGGGAACAACGAUUAUUCAUGGCUGAGCGGAGUGUUGCGAUUCACGACAGUAUGGAAAUCCCGUCUAGGGUUCAUGAGUUUGCUGGUCGCUAUCUAUGUGGGCGCUUUGGGAUAUUUGGAGACUCGUGUGAACACUCCUUUUGAUGAUAAAAACAAGGUAGUCCAAGAGACCGGUUUGGCCAUACCGGAACGGUACUGGGGGUCGUACCGUCCAAACGUGUACUUCGGCAUGAAGACCAGAGAGCCACAGUCACCGGUCUUUGGGAUGAUGUGGUACAACGUAGGCCUGAGGUCACAAAAGGAGAUAAGACACUGGUGCGACCAAGGUGACAACCUGCCCACAUACGGCUGGCUCCGUCACGAUGGGGUCUCUUUCGGAGAGCAACUCAUAUCGGAUCCGCCUCACACGAUUAUGACGUCGUUUAUUAAGACGAUGGGAGGCGAGCAUGGCGGCCAUUGGACGGCUAGAAUCAAUGUUACUGCUAAAAACAACAAGAAAUCCAACUUGAUGCUGGUCUGGUAUGCAGCGUUGGACGAGUCUCUGUACCCAGUGGACCCCGAGGAGGUUCCGGAGUCUCGUCUGUGGAUGGAAGACGGCGGCCUGCAGGGCUUCACGCCAGAACUGCUGAACUUUAGGAUCAAUUUCACCGUGCAGACAGACGGGUCUCUGUACCCAGUGGACCCCGAGGAGGUUCCGGAGUCGCGUCUGUGGAUGGAAGACGGCGGCCUGCAAGGCUUCACGCCUGAACUGCUGAACUUUAGGAUCAACUUCACCGUGCUGACAGGAAAAGUCCUAAACUCAGCCUACAGUGAAGCGCACGCACCAGGGUUGCAGCUUCUGAAGGAGACUUACUACUCGUUGCUGAGAGAACGAAAGCACCCCACAUUCGGUCGGGUCGCUUUCCUCGGCCCUGACCACCAGCUGCAUGACAAGGAGAAAAACAUAAACUUCCUUCCCAUCCAAAUGUUGAUCGAGACACCAUUUGUGAUGGACUUAGCGUACACCACCGAAGACUACCCCGCCCCCCCUCUACAGGGGAAAGAUUAUUCGAAGGCUUUAGAUGAGAAGAAGAAGGAAUUCGACGAAGAAUUUGAGAAGAAAUUCGGACUUUCUGAGAAAGGCUACCCAGAAGACGACAUAGCAAUAGCAAGAGCGGCCAUGUCCAACAUGCUUGGAGGCGUGGGAUAUUUCUAUGGGUCUGGGCGCGUGCAGUCGCCUUACACUAGGGAACCGGUGCCUUACUGGAGGGCACCCUUGUACACCGCCGUGCCGAGCAGGUCAUUCUUCCCCCGUGGAUUCCUCUGGGACGAAGGUUUCCACGGCCUGCUCAUAGGGAGGUGGUCUCCUGACAUACAGAUGGACAUAGCAGCUCACUGGAUGGACCUGAUCAAUGUGGAAGGAUGGAUACCAAGAGAACAGAUACUUGGAGCGGAAGCCCUAGCAAGGGUCCCGAAGGAGUUCGUCGUACAAAACAACGCCGCAGCCAAUCCUCCGAUGCUGCUCAUCCAACUAGCUCGCCUCGUGAAGACCAGGCCACACCUCUUCGAGUCAGGAAUGCCUCACAGAGCCACCCUGGGGAGGAUGUUCACUAGGCUCCAGGCGUGGUACAACUGGUUCCAAACGACCCAGAAAGGGGAAGAACCCACGGCCUACAGAUGGCGCGGCAGAGAAGACGAUGGGAUGCAGCUCAACCCUAAGUCUCUGUCGUCUGGCUUGGAUGACUACCCGCGAGCGUCGCAUCCUUCAGAUAUAGAAAGGCACGUAGACCUUCGAUGCUGGAUGUACGCCGCUGCAGACAGUUUAGCAACCAUAGCGCGUGCUAUAAAGAAAGACCCUAGCAAAUUUGAAGCGACCAAAGAGCAGUUGGGAGACGAGGACCUCCUCAACGAACUUCACUGGUCUACCGCCACGCAGACUUAUGCUGACUACGGUAUGCACACGGACGGUGUGAGGUUCGUCCGGACCAUGCCCAAACACCCGGGCGAGCCGGCCAAGCUGGUGCGAGGUGUCACCGUGCCGCCUCAGCCGAAACUCGUCACUUCUGCCUUCGGUUACAUAUCCCUGUUCCCAAUGCUGCUCAGGGUCUUAACUCCUGAGAGCGAGAACCUUGGGAAAAUACUCGAGAGCCUCGACAAGCCUGGCUUGCUGUGGUCGCCUUUUGGAUUGAGGUCCCUCUCAAAAUCCUCCCCUCUCUACAUGAAGAGGAACACAGAACACGACCCUCCAUACUGGCGAGGACAGAUCUGGAUCAAUAUCAACUAUCUCGCUCUCUCAUCGCUGAAGUACUACGCGAACGCACCCGGUCCCCACAUGGAUAGAGCGAGAGAGCUGCAUUCGAGACUGAAAAACAACGUAGUCCGUAAUAUCCUCUCAGAAUACAGGAGAACAGGCUACCUCUGGGAGCAGUAUUCUGGCGAAGACGGCCGAGGGUCUGGAUGUAAACCCUUCAGUGGAUGGACUGCCCUCGUGACCCUCAUAAUGGCUGAAGAGUACUGAGCUGUGCGGACUUAAUGCCUUUGCGUGAACUAAAAAAAGUUUAAGAGGCUGUAUGAGUUGAUGCCUUUGCCGAUUUAAAAAGUAAAGUGUCAAAGGCGGUGAGAACGUGAUGCGUUUGCGUGAUUUAAAAAAAGUAUAGUGUCAAAAGCGGUGAAAGUUAUUUAAAAAGUAAAGUGUCUUAAAGGCGGUAAGAACUUGUUGCCUUUGCGUGUUAAAAAAAUAAACUGUCAAUGUGGCUGUACAGACUUUAUGUCUGGGCUAAAAAAAGAACUUAAAAGCAAAUUGUCAAUAUGUGAGUUUAUAAGGCUGUUUAAAUUAUGUCUUAGCUUCGUUAAAAAUGAGUGAAUGUGUAUUUUGUAAAAUGAAACCUUUUAAUUCUUUCAGCUGUUCAAGAUUAUUUUAGUAACGGCGCGCGCGCACGUGCUAUUUUUGU